AUGACUAGGUGGCUGGCUAGAGUAGCAGUUAUUAAUGUUGCGUUUGAUGAAAUAAGCCAUAAACUAAUUAAUGUUUUUAUAAGAGAAGCUAGCUGUAAAUUGACGAUUUACUUUACUUCGUCAUUAUGUCUGUACGAACCACGUGAACUAGGAAACCUUCCUGACUCACAGGCAACUACAUGCCUGCCACAGGCACAUACAUACACGGAUAGAUCGAUGGGUGACAGAUGGCAGUCAGCUGGAAUAGGCUGGUCCAAGCCUGCCCUGAGAGGGGAGGAGAAGAGAUGUCAUUGCUGA